AACGCACCGUAUUCCAAAUCGACGAUCUCCGUUUAUUUAAUUUCCUCUAGUGGCAUGACGUAGGUGGGGGAGGAAGAUAGAGAUCGACUAUGGAACGAGCUGAAGAUGCAAUCUUAUAACGGUACCGGCUGAUAGAUAGCUGAACUUUUUGUUCACAUCAAAAAAAGUGGAGGUCCCGACGAGACAGACAAAAACACAGCCAUGCAGUUCAAAUACAGAAGGCACUGAUUUAUUUGUAUAGGAUAUUUUUCUGUGCUCCUUCAAGGGCUGGGUCCGUUAUCGCUGUUGUUGGCGGAACCGGCUGGCCAAGAUGUCUGUGGAGGAACAGGAAUAUCCCGAGGCGACUCUGGUGGCAGAGGCCGGGCCGCAGUGGUUUCGGGCCGAAUUAGAGCGCCUAUCCCGGGAGCUGAGCGAGACGACUCAUGAGAAGAUCCAGGCGGCGGAAUACGGGCUGGCGGUGCUCGAAGAGAAGCAACAACUCAAACAGCGUUAUGACGAGUUGGAGACCGAGUUCGAGACUGUUCGGCAGGAACUCGACCAACUGAAGGAGGCAUUCGGCCAGGCCUACUCCACCCAUAGGAAGGUGGCUGCAGAUGGGGAGAGCAGGGAGGAGUCACUAAUGCUGGAGUCAGCCAGUAAGGAGGCCCACUACCAGCAGAUGGUCCUGGAGCUGCAGAACGAGCUGCGGUUGGCCAGGACUGCCCUCACCAGCAACCAAUCAGAGAAUGAGCGCCUGGCCUCCGUUGCCCUGGAGAUGAGAGAGAGUUCUGAGCUGGUGGAGCUGCAGCGCAGCCAACUGCGUGAUGACAUCAGAGAGUAUAAGGUGCGAGAGGCACGCCUGCUGCAGGACUAUAGUGAGCUGGAGGACGAGAACAUCUCCCUGCAGAAACAGGUGUCCCUGCUCCGACAGAGCCAGGUGGAGUUUGAGGGUCUGAAGCAUGAGAUCUGUCGUCUGGAGGAGGACUCCCAGUGCCUCCACAGCCAGUUGGAGGAGGCCAUGCGCCUGCGGGAGAUCGCCGAGCGCCAGCUGACCGAGGCUCUGGAGACCAUUAAGACUGAGCGCGAGCAGAAGGCCGCCCUGCGUAAAGAACUGUCCCACUACAUGACCAUUGGGGACAACCUGUUACCGUACCACCACAGCCCACUGAACAUCUCCCUGGACGGCCUCAAGUUCAGCGAGGAUCCCACUGCUGCCACCAACGAAACCAACAAUGAUGACUCGUUCCAUGGCCAUGAGAACGGCCUGGCUAAGAUGGCUGCCGACUGCAACGAGGAUAACAGAGCCAAGCUCCGGCCCGCCCCCAGCCUAGUGGAUGACCUGCUGAGUGAACUCAACAUCUCAGAGAUCCAGAAACUCAAGCAGCAGCUCAUGCAGGUUGAGCGGGAGAAGGUAGCGCUACUUUCCUCUCUGCAGGAGGCCCAGAAGCAGCUAGAGGUGGCCCACAGGACUCUGUCUGAGCAGCAGGAGAUUGUAGGACGUCUCACCGAGAACCUCAGUGCCAUGAGGAAACUCCAGGCCAGCAAGGAGCGCCAUUCGGCCCUGGACAGCGAGAAGGAGCGUGACAGCCGUGACGAUGGUGACGGGGACUACUACGAGCUGGACAUCAACGGGCCUGAGAUCCUGCAGUGUAAGUACACUGUGGCUGUGUCCGAGGCCGGGGAGCUCAGACAGGAGCUUAAGACUCUUAAAGCAGAGUACCAGUCAUGCCGGAGCCAGUACGAGGAGGAGCGAGCCCGCCUGGAGAGCGACGUGGCAGGGCUGAGCGAGAAGCUAGCUUCCCUGGAGAAGAGCAGCCGGGUGGAGCAUGAGGAGAUGGAGCGCCUGGAGAAGGACCUGCGGCGGGUGAGCGAGGCGGCGGGCGAGUCGCAGGGCAGUCUGAACGUGGCGCAGGACGAACUGGUGGUGUUCAGUGAGGAGCUGGCCAACCUCUACAACCACGUGUGCAUGUGCAACAACGAGACGCCCAACCGGGUCAUGCUCGACUACUACAAGGAGGGCAAGGCCAGCGUAGGUGGCGGGGGCGGCCGGGAGGGGAAAGGACGACGUCUGUCCCACGUUCUGCUCUCCAACGGGCUGGUCCCUGAAACUGACCCCAGUAAACCUGAAGCCAGUGACCCAGCCGUCUCAGCCCCAGUCUCAGCCCCAGUCUCAGCCCCAGAAUCACGCCCAGAGCCUAUGAACAUCUAUAACCUGGUGGCCAUCAUCAGGGACCAGAUCCGUCACCUGCAGCAGGCGGUGGACCGCACCACAGAACUGUCCCGCCAGAGGAUGGCCACCAUGGAGCUGAGCACCGUGGCUGAUAAGGACAGCGAGGCCUGCAUGGGGGAGAUCCUCAAACUCAAGUCCCUCCUCAGCACCAAGAGGGAGCAGAUCGCCACCCUGAGGACCGUGCUCAAAGCCAACAAACAUACGGCUGAGGUGGCGCUGGCCAACUUGAAGAGUAAAUACGACAACGAGAAGACCAUGGUGAGGGAUACCAUGUUGAAGCUCCGCAACGAGCUGAAGGCUCUGAAAGAAGACGCUGCCACCUUCUCCUCACUACGGGCCAUGUUCGCAACAAGGUGUGAUGAGUACGUAACUCAGCUGGAUGAGAUGCAGAGACAGCUGGUUGCAGCGGAGGAUGAGAAGAAGACCCUGAACUCCCUGCUCCGCAUGGCCAUCCAGCAGAAGCUGGCCCUGACCCAGCGUCUGGAGGACCUGGAGUUUGAUCAUGAACAGGCGCGCCGUGGCGGGGUUACAGGAGCAGCGACGAGCAGUCGGGGCAAGACCUCCUCGUUGGCGCGGGGCAAAAGGGCCUCGGCCAAUCAUCAUUAAUUUAAUCAAGCCGUGUCCUUCAAAGGUUGACAGUCACCUUGCCGAUGAUUACUUCAGUGUCCCCUCCUGGCCUGAGACAAAUGUCAGAGACACGUACUGCUGUAGUGUGAGGACUUUGUUUCUGUGCGCACGCACACACACACACACACACACACACACACACACACACACACACACACACACACACACACACACACACACACACACACACACACACACACACACACACACACACACACACACACACACACACACACUCUCUUGACCUUUACAGACGCGUGAAAACCCCAGGGGUUUGGUAUCUUGGUGUGGCUGCAGGAAACAACAAAGACUCAUGGGAAUGAUGACCAUAGAGAUAUCUAGGUCUAUUUCAAUGGGUAUGACCAUAGAGAUAUCUAGGUCUAGUUCUGUGGGUAUGACCAUAGAGCUAUCUAGGUCUAUUUCUGUGGGUAUGACCAUAGAGAUAUCUAGGUCUAUUUCUGUGGGCAUGACCAUAGAGAUAUCUAGGUCUAUUUCUGUGGGUAUGACCAUAGAGCUAUCUAGGUCUAUUUCUGUGGGUAUGACCAUAGAGAUGUCUAGGUCUAUUUCUGUGGGUAUGACCAUAGAGAUGUCUAGGUCUAUUUCUGUGGGUAUGACCAUAGAGCUAUCUAGGUCUUUUUCAAUGGGUAUGACCAUAGAGAUAUCUAGGUCUAUUUCUGUGGGUAUGACCAUAGAGAUAUCUAGGUCUAUUUCUGUGGGUAUGACCAUAGCGAUAUCUAGGUCUAUUUCUAUGGGUAUGACCAUAGAGAUAUCUAGGUCUAUUUCUGUGGGUAUGACCAAUAGUAUGACCCCGAUUGUGAUUCAGUCACUCAUCCCACAUUGUCCACCACUAUACUGGUAUUACUCUGUCUAUGUUUCCCCUGAUUACUGCACACUUUUCAUGUCUUUUUAUUUCUCCUUUUUUGCUUGUAAUUCACACCUCAGUGAAUGUGUGAGGUGUUCAUAAGCUUUUAAGAAUUGUUACAUGUUUGGUCAUUGGAGCAUUAAUUAGUCAUUUAAAUAUUUUAGCCUUUGUCAUUAUAUAACUGGCAGAUUGAUAACAACAUUUCCAUGGAGAGCAAACCAGCAAAGUCUUCGGAACUAACUUGCUCCAGUUUUCUGGGGUCAAUAUUCAAUGGGACUCACAAGCUAACAGACAUUCUCUGCAAGCACAUAGAUGAACAUCUUAAAUUGGAAAUAGUAUUUUCUCUCUUUUUUUUCAAAUCUUGUCACAUAUUGAUAAUGUACUUUAAAAAAAGUUACCCAGGGAGAGCAGGAUGUUCCAGCAGGACAUUCAACCAGUGUGUGCCCAGUGGGUACUUUCUGGCCUUAGUUUAGACCAGUAGUUUGUUCUGUCCACAAAAGAGAAGCUGGUUUUAAUUUUGACUAGUAGUUUGUUCUGUCCACAAAAGAGAAGCUACAUUUAGAUUUGAAUGUUUUCUAUGUCUUUGAGAAUUGUGGCGAGAGGUUAUGAUCCCAGUCAAUAACAGAUUGAGGAAAAUAAUAGGAAUUGUGUGAAGUGAUUCUGCGAUCCUGCAAGCAUGCAGAGUUGCAAAUUUAGGGGCUAUUAUUAUGAUUAUUAGGUAAACCUUAUUUUAAAAGUAAUGAUACCACAGCUGUUAACUUUGGCUGCCUAGUUAAUAGUGGUUCAGAGCGUUUUCGAUGAUGACUGAGGGAGAGAUUACUAAUGCAAAUACUUAUUUAUACUCUACCUUUGUAUGGCAAAGUUCAGGCGACUAUGGUGGAGACUUUUUGUAUUGUCUGUUUUAAUGCAAUUUUAUGAACCCUUUUUACAUCCUCUAAAAGCGUUGUUGUGAUUUCAACAAACAGACUAAGUUAAGUCAUGAACACAUCUGCAGUGCCAUUUAAUUUAUUGUUGACGCAAUAAAAGUUACAUUUGGGAUUCUCUUUUUUUACAAGUGCAAUUUGAACGCAAUAUCGAAAUAGAAACAUAGUAUAAACAUUCUCUGUCUGUUUGUCUGCUGAUUCUAUUGUUACAUUUUACUACUACUUCUUACUCACAAUCUUGAUCCUAAUUGAGUUGUAUAUCUUUAUACUAAAUAACUUCACUUGUUUGUAUUUAUUUUAAACAAUGUCAUGUAUGUUGGCAUUGUCGAUAAUGUGGAUUAUGAUUAUUGCCAUGUUGAUACCAUACCGAUGCCUUUUUUCAUGUCAUCUUCAAGAGACUUUGGGUGAAGAUGGUAGGUGAGAUGUGUGCUCAAUAGAAGUCAAUAGCCUACUUGUAUGAUGAUGAUGUUGCACUGGAAAGGUGCAUGCUUCAUAGUUACCUUUAUUCUGCCUAAAGGUAUGCCAAAUAAACUUAACUUUAGUCUUAA